AUGGAAGACAACGAUGAUGAUUACUUCUCCGAUGACUUUGACUCCCUGCCUCCGGGUACGCUCUAUGAGCUGGAGCAGAAUGCCUUCCAGGCGACCCAGACCUCGGCAGUUCCGCGCCAUGACGCGCAGGUAGUCUCCAACGAGACUCUCCUCGCGCCUGCGAGGCCGACGAUCCACCGUUCCGCCUCCUUGAAGCCACCGCCCCGUUUACACACUGGUUUAACAAACGAAUAUGACGUUCUCGAGGUGGGGGAGUUGGAGGCGGAAGUUCAUGACAAUGUAAAAGAGCAGCUAGCUCUUCCACAGGAUCGUCAUGCCCUUGUUACGGGCAGCGGGUGGCCUGUCAAUGGCAGGAUGGACGAUAUCAUGGAAAUAGAUGAUGACUAUGCCCAGGCCGCUGUCUACCAGACAAAUACGCGCAUGGAGGAGCUGGAACGAGAAAAGGAACAAAUGCGUCGAGACCUGGCUGAAGCGAAAAUCCUGGCCGAAACUAAAGCUGGAGAAAUUGCCAUCAUCCGGGCUAAGCAGACAAGAAUGGUUGAAGAGUAUGACCGACAAUUGGCAGCGCUACGAAAGUCCAUGGCGGAUGAAAUGGCCAAGCAUAAAGAAGAGGUCGAGGCGGCCAUGUCAGAAGGCAAGAUGCUAGCGACGGAAAACAUUUUUCUCCAACAUGAUCUGGCUGAGGAAGCUUACCAGCUCCGCAACUAUAAGUCAAAACAUCGUGCUGAAGAGAAAGUUCCGCCCAUUACUCCAAAAAAAUCCCGUGUGCUCCCGUUUCGUGACGGAUUUGAAGACGAUGAGAUCGCCGUGGCUUCGCCGAGUAGGUCAGCAACCCGGUCGAAGCGGACAACACCGACUGUUCCUGGAAAACGAAAGCGCCGGCCAAGUAUUGACAGUCCUGUCCCGCUUCAGUUGAGCCCCGCGGAGGAGCCGACGAUGAUCGAUGCUCCAGUGGAUACUUCCGAGUCUGUUUUUGAAGAUGAACGCAAGCCACAUGGAACUUUCGACCGGAAGAACGGAUCUUUGAAACAACUUCUAAACCACAGGAUGGUUUUUGGCCAGGAGACUGACCUUGAAGCGUUCUCGAGGCUCUUCUUUCCAUCUGAUCCCACCCGAUCUAUAUCUAGCAUAAUCAUGGACGAACUUGCCCGGUCUGACAGGGGUCACUAUUUGCUAGAAUACGUCUAUACAAUCAAGCCGCUCUGGGAGCGAGCGUUAGCGGAAUCCUUCCUUGAACCGGUCCCACGGUUCAUGUCUAUUGCUCGAUAUGUCUUGAUGAUGGAUGACGCUCCUCUUCUUGACCUAAUUACUCCUUUGGUUGGUGUUCUUCAAGACGCCGUCGAGGCUAAUGCAGUUCCUCGAUUCAAAUACUCCCCAACAGCUCGAGAGAAGGCUCGAAUACUGCGCCAAACCCCACAGUCUGACUUGAAACCACAAGUUGACUCGACGGAGGCUCUACGAUUGCUGUGCCAUAUCGCAUGUGGGUUGUUACAUGUGAAAGGCGCAUUAGAGAGCUUUUGGGCCCAUAUCCGACAUACGUUUAUUUUGGUGAUGCUUCACGGCUCUCAGCAUCUGAAAGAUAUCAUGCUGAUCUUGCACCUGUUGUCAACCAGCAUUCGCCCCAACUCAUUCGGCCCCAUCAUGUCCUCUGAGCAACACCAAGCCGAUGUGCAGAAGUGGAUUGUGGACCGCCUCUCGUUUAUGCUCAGCGAGGCUGUAUUGCCGGAUGAGGAUCAGGAGGCAUAUACGGCUCAUGACAUCUGUGCGAUGCGGCUUGAAGUUUUGUUGCUGCUAGAGACAUUGGCUUCCAGUCCAGUAUCUCCAUCUCGGGAACAUGGAAGCGUCAUUAUCGCCACCCACCCGAAUGCGCUGGCACGACUUUUUCGGUCAAUGCAUGAUGAACUGGAUGCGCUCUAUUCUUCACCUCCAGAGCAGGACUUGCGCGUUGCAAUGGUCAAUGGGCUGAUGCGACUAAUUUUCGGCGUCAUGCGCCGCCACGGCCCAUCAAUCAACAUGCAAGAGAAGCUGGCCUGUGUCCCGGGCAGUAAACAAAAACAUUUGGUUGUGCUCACCCGACUCGCAUUUUGUGAUGGUUCGGUUCUUGAGGCUGGUAUCGAAGACGAAACAGUCGACAUGGCACACGAGCUAUUGGAAGAGUGGACAAACCCGCAGGAAGCGCAUUCUCUCGCUGCGGCUUUUCCUAGCUCUCGAAGAGAUUAA